AUGAGCCAAUCUUUGCCAGUUGUGGCGWACCUGUUCAUUAAUGGCGAGUUCGUUCCUGCAUCUGACAGCAACACCUUCGAACUACGCUCCCCUUACAGCGGGGAAGUGGUUGGCAAAAUCGCCGAAGCUACCUCUGUUGAUGUAGAUACGGCAGUGACAGCAGCAAAAGCCGCACAACCAUCAUGGGAAGCAAUGUCGCCACAAGAGCGAGGAAAACCACUCGCGAAAUUGGCUCAAAUGAUUGCCGAUGCAACACCAGAGUUGGCGAAACUUGAUGCUCUGUCUCUGGGUCGCCCUAUCAGCACUUACUUCGAUGGGCAUUAUGCAGUCACGCACUUUCGAUAUUUCGCAGAAGCGGCGUAUGCACUCGGUACCUCGUCRCUGAACACACCAGGUUUCAUGAACGUCUCUCUCAAACAGCCAUAUGGCGUGGUAGCAGCUAUCAUCCCUUGGAACGCUCCACUAGUAUUCCUCAGCAAAAAGCUCGCUCCAGCUCUCGCUGCAGGCAACACCAUCAUCCUCAAGACCAGCGAAAAGGCUCCAUUGUCAUCAGACCUGGUCGCUCGAAUGUUGAACGAAGCUGGGUUUCCCCCAGGUGUGGUCAACAUCCUGCAUGGUCACGGUCUUCCAUCCGGCGAAGCAAUUUCCAAACACAUGGGUAUCCGAGCGCUAUCAUUCACCGGUUCCGUUCGAACGGGCCGUGCAAUUCAAAAAGCAGCAGCUGAAAGUAAUUUCAAACAUCUGGUGUUUGAAUUGGGAGGCAAAUCCCCUGCCAUCGUGUUCGAAGAUGCUGAUCUCGAGCAGGCGGCUCAGGAGACGCAGAAUAGUAUCAUGUUUCACUCUGGACAAACAUGUAUGGCCAACUCGAGGAUCUACGUACAUGAAAGUGUCGCCGAUCUCUUUAUUGAGAAGUUUGUUGCGUUUACUAGUGCUAGAAAACUUGGAGACCCUCUUGAUGAAGCUGUUACUUCUGGACCACAGGCUGAUAAGACGCAACAUUCGACUGUUCUGCAAUACAUUGACGAAGCCAGGAAAUCUGGAGGCAAGAUUGUCGAUAUCGAUUUAGAACUUCCCGAGACAAAUUCUGAGAAUUUUGUCAAGCCGACAAUCUUCCUCAAUCAUCCGGAUUCUGAUAAGCUCUCCAAAGAGGAAGUCUUUGGUCCUGUAGCGAUAGUGAAUACAUUUACAUCCGAGGAAGAUGUUCUGAAGCUUGCAAACGAUACCGAGWAUGGUCUCUAUGCUGCUGUUUACACCCAAAACCUCGAUCGAGCUUUGCGAGUGGCCAAGGGUUUGGAGUCUGGGAUGGUGGGUGUUAAUUGCACGAGUCCGACUGGUGCUUGGGAUAUGCCUUUUGGUGGAUACAAACAGUCGGGAAUGGGGAGGGAGAGCUUGGUGCAAAGCUUGGAUGACUGGUUGGAGACGAAGUCUGUGUACAUACGGAUGGGGAAAUCUUCCAGUGUUGGUGCGUUGGGGAGAUGA